AUUGUGAAAUCAAAACAAGACAUUUCAUUUGUGUAUUAAAAAAAGAACUAUUAAAGAGUUUAGACUAUAUUCAAGACGUUAGAUACAUAAUCAUCAAGUAUUUCGUUGAAUUGAAAUAUUCAAAUGCGAUGUCAAUGUAAACAUCAUGUACUAUGUAGAUUCAUUUUCAAAGAAACGGCAACUUAUACUCCAGCAAAUAGUAAACAAAAGAUAAGAGUCUUUUAUUAAAGUGCUCAUGUGGUUCGACUAUAACACCAAAGAGGAGAAACAAACAAGCAAAUUUAACAUGUUAAGUAAAACACAAAAGUUAAGCCUAGGAAUUACUGUCCUGUUAAUCGUUGAUGUUAUUUGGGUAGUCUCAAGUGAAUUGACAAAGUUCUUAUAUCAAGAAGAGAACUUUGAUAAGCCAUUUUUCUGCACAUUCUUCAAAACAUCGCUUUUCGCAUUGUACUUAGUAGUGAUGGGACUUAUAACUCCAUGGCGAGAUUCCUGUAGUAAAAAUGGAAAUUAUCAGCCUGUUGAUUCUCAAAAUGAAGACGAUAAUUUCUUUACAAAUGGAGGGCUCAGUGACUCAACAUUUGUGCCGAUUAAAACGCCAGAUACUGAGAGUGAUGAUUCAAGUAUAAGAAGUGUUCGAUUUAGUAAACUUGCUGAAGUUCGUGAAAUGUCUGCUGAGGAAGCUACUGAAGCUCUCAUGUCGCGAUUAUCUUACUCAGCAUCGCUUAGGGGUCGUCGACAGAAAACACAUCAUAAAACAGCAAGAACUGCAUUAAUGUUUUGUAUUCUUUGGUUCAUCGCUAAUUACAUGUUUCAACUCGCACUUGACCCAAGUGAAACGGCUCUUGUAACUCUUCUAAGCACAACAUCGAGUCUAUUUACACUUGCACUUGCUGCAACAUUUCCAUCAUCGAGUGGUGAUCGAUUCACAAUUUCAAAGUUCUUCGCAGUUGUCAUGAGUAUUGGCGGUGCCUUACUGGUCACGAUCAGUGAAUUAGAUGAGCCGAAAAAUUCUCGUGGAAUUGUUUUGAGCGUGUUAAGUGCUUUCUUUUACGCAUGUUAUCUGGUAUUAGUCAAACGUAAGAAUGACACCGAUGAGAAAAUUGACAUAAUCGAGUUCUUUGGGUUUGUUGGUUUAUGGAAUAUUCUCUUGUUAUGGCCGAUCUUUCUUGUACUAAACUUCUCGCAGCUUGAGACUUUUGAGAUGCCAAAUCGUCAGCAACUUCUUGUACUAUUAUUAAAUGGACUGAUAGGAACUGUAAUCUCGGAAGCUUUGUGGUUGUGGGGUUGCUUUCUAACUUCAACUCUUAUUGGAACUUUGGCUAUGACACUUCAAAUUCCUCUUUCAAUGGUGCUUGAUAUGAUUUUGAGAGAUAAAAUUUACCCUUUGAACUUCUAUUUGGGUUCAAUUCCAAUGUUUUUAUCGUUGAUAUUUGUGGCAUUUCUAAUGAAGUUCGAUGACAGUGAUCCCGUUCUUAGGUGUCUUAAAAUGUUCAAUAGAAAGUUUUGGCAUUGCAGAAGAGCGAAUGUUGUAAAAAUUCCUGAUCUUGAUGAACAAAAUGAAUCAUUGAUUGACAACCACGAUAACUAAACAAUGGAUGGAAAUUUUUAAAAAAAUGAAAACUAAUUCGAGCAAAUUUGUGAUAUUUUGAUGAAGAGAAUUGUUGGCGUUCUUCAAAAUUAAACAACAAUUCGAAAAAGAUUUUUCGUUAAUCAUUGAAUGAUUAAAAUUAAAUGAAAAGAGCGCUUGAUGGAAGUAGUGAGAUUACUCAAACCAACAAUCUAAUUGCAGGUGCGAGAUCAGAUUGAGACCGGAUUAAAACUUAUACAUGCAUUGGCACAAACUUAAACUUUAUUUAAGCCAUAAAGAGACAUCAUAUAAAUUCUUAAAACUUCAACUUUUGAAGGCAUUCCGUUCAUUGUCAGUAUUAGAAAUGUGAGUAACAUUCCGAUCUUCUGACAUGUAAAUUGUCCCACAAGACUUAGAUAGUAAACUAUAACUUGAGUUGUGUCCACCAAAUAUUUUAAUAAAUAUACUUACUACUUUAGAUCGCGCAAAUUUUCAAAAUUUCUUGUGUUCAUCCUAAAUUUUAUCAUCUUAAUGAGAUAAAUAGAGAAAAAAAAAUCAAAACACGAAAAUUCUGGAAAAAUUUGUGUUGUACAAAAAAAAAAUUAUUUUUGCAAAAUGUUAGAAUUUGAAACAUAAGAAAAAAGAUCGAACAGUUUAUUGAUGUGCUUAGACAUAGCUUUGCUGUCAGUAAUUAAAUGAGAGAUGAAAGACCUUAAGUGAUCUCUAAUGAAUAAUGAUGAUUAAAAACAAUUUCUUCAAGCCCAAAUAUUCUUAACAUGAGAUUAACGAAUGGCGGAUAGAUUUAUCCAUUAAAGCCAAUUUUCGUCAUUACAAAAUAGUAAAAGAUUAUUUAAAAUUGGUAAUUAACUGAAACAUGAUAAGAAGAUCUCAUGUUAUGAACAUUCAGUUGUUAAAUUCAUAACUAAAGAAUCUUCUCGUCUCAUGCGAACCUGAAAUUGACAGACAAAAAAAGUGACUAUUUAUUAUUGCUUAAGGUAUAAAAAGAUGUUAAAAAGCAUAAAACUAAAUGUUUACAGUCAUUUACAGUUAGGUUCCUAAAUAACGCAAAAACUAAUAUAGAAAAUUGCCACAAUAAAGAGAA